AUGAAUUCUAUCGGUUGGGCAUUGUUAGUCUUUCUCCUUUGUUCAUCUUUGGGUAUUGAAACCCUAACCCAAACAUGCCAUCCGGUUGAUUUGUUAGCUCUGAAGGACUUCGCCGGAAGUUUCAGUAACGCUUCCAUACUUUCAUCUUGGUCGAAUGAUUCCAUUUGCUGCCAUUGGGACGGCGUCGUUUGUGAGGAUGACACCAAAAAUCUUUCAAAAACCCUAAACAGGGUCACCAUGCUGAGCUUGUCUGCAAAAGGUCUAAAGGGCGAAAUUCCCAAUUCUCUACCUCGUUUGGAAAAAUUAAGAUCUCUCGAUCUAUCGUUUAAUCAAUUACAAGGCGAAUUCCCCAAAAAUCUCUCCAAUUUGAUGGAUCUCGAAGUUCUAAACGUCUCAAGCAAUUCGUUAACCGGGGACCUGUUCGACAUUGGUAAAUUCCCACAUCUCAUAGCAUUAAAUCUCAGCAACAACUCUUUCGCCGGUGAAAUUUCUCCACAAAUUUGUACUUCCUCUACGAACCUUCAGAUUCUCGAUCUAUCAAUGAAUCAUUUCACCGGAAACCUAGAAGGCUUGAGCAACUGCCACAAAUCUCUUCGAGAACUGCUUGUGGAUUCCAAUUCGUUUUCCGGCGACCUCCCGGAGUUUAUAUACUCAAUGCCAUCCUUAAAGCUGCUACAUCUUUCUUCCAACAACUUCUCCGGUCAGAUAACCACAAAUCUCAGUAAGCUUUCCAACCUCGAAUCACUACUUUUAUCCGGGAACCGGUUUUCAGGUCCAUUUCCCAAUGUCUUCAAAAACAUGACACGUUUAGAACAGCUGAACGCACAUUCGAAUUCCUUCAUAGGGCCAUUACCUUCUACCAUAGAAUCAUGUUCCAAUUUACAGAUUCUCGAUCUCCGUAACAAUUCAUUUUCCGGCGACCUAAGUUUAAAUUUCUCAAAAUUAUCCAACCUUUGCACUCUUGAUCUUGGUAGUAAUCGUUUUCAUGGUCUCUUACCAAUCUCACUUUCCAAUUGUCAUGAAUUGAGAAUCCUGAAUCUGGCCAAGAACGCAUUAUACGGUGAAAUUCCAAUUCCAUACAUGAACCUUUCAAACCUCUCAUUCCUCUCCUUUUCAAACAACGGAAUCACCAAUUUACCUCGUGCUUUAUCUGUUCUACAACAAUGCAAGAAUCUCACCACUUUGAUUCUGACAAAAAACUUUCAAGGUGAAGAACUCCCACGAUUUGUAAACGGGUUUGACAGAUUAAUGGUUCUUGCAAUCGCGAAUUGUGCCCUCAAAGGCCAAAUCCCACCAUGGUUAGUAAACUGUCCAAAACUUGAAGUUCUUGAUUUGUCAUGGAAUCAGUUGACUGGAGUCAUCCCUUCUUGGAUUGGUCAAAUGGAAAGACUCUUUUACUUGGAUUUUUCAAACAAUUCCUUAACGGGUGAACUUCCGAAAAGUUUAACAGAUUUAAAGAGUCUCGUGUCUUCAAACAUAAGUUCUUCAAUUCUCACCUCAUCAACCGGGAUUCCAUUAUAUGUGAAGAAGAAUCAAACUGGAAAAGGUCUUCAAUACAAUCAAGUUGCAAGCUUUCCUCCAUCAAUCUAUCUCAGCAACAAUAACAUAAACGGGACGAUUUUACCCCAAGUUGGAAGAUUAAUACAGCUUCAUGUAUUGGAUUUGAGCAAGAACAACUUAUCCGGGACAAUUCCCGACACGAUUUCCGAAAUGGGAAACUUGGAAGUUCUUGAUUUGUCAUCAAACAAUCUUCAUGGAACGAUUCCAGCCUCUUUAAACAAGCUUUCAUUUCUUUCAAUGUUCUGUGUAGCUUAUAAUCACUUACAAGGUGCGAUUCCGACCGGAACCCAGUUUUCCGGUUUCCCAAAUUCAAGUUUCGAAGGGAAUCCCGGUCUCUGCGGGCAAGUCCUGUCUCCUUGUAGCGUAAACGGAAUUCCAUCCGUCAAUUCCGAUUCCGGUAGAAAACUUGGACGGAAUGGUAUCGUCGGAAUCACACUCGGAAUCGGAGCCGGAAUCGCAAUCGUGUUAGCAUUCAUUCUUCUCAAAAUGUCAAGAAAGAGACACGGCGAUUGGAUUCCGGAGUUGGAGGAGAAUAAUAGUAGAAGGAAUGGAAAUGGAAUCUCGGGUGUGUUUGCAUCUUCGAAACUAGUUCUAUUCCCGAGUUUUAACUGUAGAGAGCUCUCGGUUUCCGAUGUAGUGGAAUCAACGAAUAACUUCAGUCAAUCGAAUAUAAUCGGAUGCGGUGGAUUCGGGCUCGUGUACAAAGCCGACCUUCCAAACGGUUCAAAAGCCGCAAUCAAACGCCUUUCCGGCGAUUGCGGUCAAAUGGAACGCGAAUUCCAUUCCGAAGUCGAAGCCCUCUCAAGAGCCCAACACAAGAAUCUCGUAUCCCUAAAAGGGUAUUGCAAACACGGAAACGAUCGACUCUUGAUAUACUCCUACAUGGAAAACGGAAGCCUCGAUUAUUGGCUACACGAAAGGGUAGAACAGGAAUCACCAUUAAAAUGGCGUGUUAGGUUAAAGAUAGCAAAAGGGGCAGCAAAGGGAUUAUCAUAUCUCCAUAACGAUGUAAAAAUUAUCCAUCGGGAUAUUAAAACUAGCAAUAUUCUCUUGGAUGAAAAGUUUAAAGCCCAUUUAGCUGAUUUUGGAUUGUCAAGACUAUUAUGCCCUUAUGAUACUCAUGUGACAACCGAUUUGGUAGGGACAUUAGGGUACAUUCCACCUGAAUAUGGUCAGACGCUUUCCGCGACUUUUAAGGGCGAUGUUUAUAGUUUUGGGGUUGUGCUUUUGGAACUUAUUACAGCGAGAAGACCAGUUGAAGUUGGAAAGGGGAAGAAUUGUAGGGAUCUUGUUUCGUGGGUGUUUCAGAUGAAACUUGAAGGGAGAUAUGGGGAGAUAUUUGAUGCGUCUGUAUGGGAUAAGAGCUGUGAGAAUCAGUUGUUGGAAGUGUUGGGGGUGGCUUGUAAGUGUCUGGAUCAAGAUCCAAGAAGGAGACCCGGUAUUGAGCAGGUUGUUUCAUGGCUUGAUGGGGUUGUAGAAACGAGGGCAUAA